AUGAGCACUAUAAAGUAUGAACCUUCAAGCAACAAGUCCGUAACAUCGUCAACAAGUAACGACUACUUCACUUCUACAACAUCCGACAAGACACUUCCCUCAUACCUCGCAACCAUGAUCCCAUCCACCUCCCUCCUCGUCCUCUUCUCAGCACUCACACUAUCUCAAGCUCGAGUCAUUCCCAACAUCGAUCGCCUAACCCUCUCCUGCCCCUCCUCCGUCCUCCCAACCUGGGACUCCACCGUCUCCUUCACCUGCAAAACGAACCUCAACUUCCAAGCCGGCGACAUCACCGGCAUCCUCGCGUUCUCCGUGGAGCAAUGCGCGGACGCGUGCGCGACGUCGCGGAAGUUCAUGGGCGAGGACAAGGGGUGCGAUGCGUUUACGUUUGAUGUGGACGUCGCGAGGAGUUAUAGUAUCAAUAAUGGGGCGAAUUGCUGGUUGAAGAGGAAGGGGGAGACGAAGGGGGAGAAUAGUGAUUGGAAUGGGGUUAGUGGUGUGCUUGUUGAGGAGGAGAAGAAGGGGGUUUGA